AUGGCUCAGCGGUGCUCUCCAAACGAGUAUUUUGACAGAUUGCUGAAUUCUUGCAUAUCGUGUCAACUUCGGUGCCCUAAUACUCCUCCCAUAAUAUGUCAGCAUUAUUGUAACACAAUGAAAGGAACAAAUACAUUUCUCUGGACCUGUUUGGGCCUGAGCUUGAUAGUUUCCUUGACAGUUUUCGUAUUGAUGUUCUUGCUAAGGAAGAUGAGCUCCGAACCAUUAAAGGACAAACUUAAAAACACAGGAGCGGUUCUCCAGAAGAAUGCUAACGCAGACCUGGAUGUUAGCAAUAACAGCAGUAUUGUGGCUGAACCUCUUCUUUUGAGAGGCCUGGGGUACACAGUAGAAGAAUGUACGUGUGAAGACUGUGUCAGGAGCAAACCGAAGGUCGAUUCUGACCAUUUCUUCCCCCUCCCAGCCAUGGAGGAAGGCGCGACCAUUCUUGUCACCACGAAAACAAAUGGCUACUGCGACAGUCUGCUAGCUGCCACCAGUGUCACGGGGAUGGAGAAAUCAAUUUAUACCAGAUAA